AUUUUUAGCUCCUUCUUAUCACUUCAUUCUUAAAGUCGUCAAGCUUCGUAAUCUGGUGAUAUUCAUUUUAGAAACGAGGGCAUGGCGACAGCUGCAUUAAGAGAGAUAGGGAUCUUUGAGGAUCUGGACAGUGUAAUCGCGCAGGUUUCUGUUGGAGAGCAACAGCCCAAAGAGGGCCUCGACUCAGAGAAUGACGAUUAUCUAAAAUUGAAAAAGCUCGAAAAUGAACUCGAUCACCUGCAAGUAAUGGAGGAUUAUGUGAAGUUAGAGACGAGAAAUUUGGAAAAAGAACUUCUCCACGCACAAGAGGAGGUGAAACGAAUUCAGUCGGUUCCCCUUGUUAUCGGGCAAUUCUUGGAAGCUGUCGACCAGGAUCAUGCAAUAGUUGGAAGCACAACUGGAUCUAAUUACUAUGUGCGCGUUCUGUCAAUUCUUGAUCGUGAGCUGUUGAAGCCAGGUUGUUCUGUAGCUUUACACAAGUACUCCAAUGCGCUAGUUGACGUUCUGCCGCCAGAGGCAGACAGUUCUAUACAGAUGUUACGUCCCGAUGAGAAGCCGGAUGUUUCAUACGCUGACAUUGGUGGACUUGAUAUGCAGAAACAAGAAGUACGAGAAGCUGUAGAGUUACCACUAACUCAUGGAGAGCUUUAUAAACAGAUCGGAAUCGACCCCCCUCGUGGAGUUCUUAUGUAUGGUCCCCCUGGCUGCGGAAAGACCAUGCUUGCCAAAGCUGUUGCAGCCAACACGGCAGCAUCGUUCAUUAGAGUUGUCGGCUCAGAAUUUGUGCAGAAAUACCUUGGAGAAGGUCCAAGAAUGGUUCGUGACGUGUUCCGUCUUGCCAAAGAAAAUUCACCUUCAAUCAUAUUUAUUGACGAGAUUGACGCCAUAGCUACAAAACGAUUCGACGCACAGACGGGCGCUGACAGAGAGGUACAACGCAUCCUUCUGGAACUGCUGAAUCAAAUGGAUGGAUUUGAUCAAAGCACUAAUGUGAAGGUUAUUAUGGCCACAAACAGGCACGACACCUUGGACCCUGCUUUGCUUCGACCAGGUCGACUGGACAGAAAGAUCGAGUUUCCUCUACCCGAUAGGCGUCAAAAACGUCUUGUCUUUACUACCAUAACAUCGAAGAUGAACCUAUCAGAUGAUGUUGAUCUCGAAGACUAUGUUGCCAGGCCUGACAAAAUAUCUGGCGCUGAUAUCAAUGCAAUUUGCCAGGAGGCUGGCAUGCACGCUGUCAGAGAAAAUCGCUACGUCGUAUUGACCAAGGACUUUGAGAAAGCAUACAAAAACGUCAUUAAAAAGGAUCAGAACGACUUCGAAUUUUACAAGUAACGAAAAGCUCGUUUUUCUUUGCAGUUUUGGCUUUUGUGUGACAAUGUAACAAGAAUUAAGUGAACUUCAUCAACAUUAAGCGAUUUCUUUCUACAAUAAAUCAUAAAUUAUUA